CACAGUCAAAGGGUACUAUCGGUAAUCCUACUUGUUUAUUAUUUGUCCCAUGCGCAGUGAAGGCACCAUUGGUUUGUCUUAAGAGCAGCUGCCAUUCCCUGAUUCGGGCAGAAAACCAAAGGAGUGUGGUCAUUUUAAUACUGCUGAUAUUAGAUUUGAAGAAGCAGUGCCACACUACUGUAUUCAAGGCUGUUCACGUUGUGUAAGCAGAAAGCGUGUUAGCAUCUGAGAAAUCCUUGUGACUAUAAUGAACGGCCAGCUAAACGGCUUCCACAACAGCUAUAUGCGUGAGGACGACUGUUUUCUCUUCACGUCUGAAUCUGUGGGAGAAGGACACCCUGACAAGAUAUGUGAUCAAAUCAGUGAUGCUGUGUUAGACGCACAUCUUAUGCAAGAUCCAGAUGCCAAAGUAGCUUGUGAGACUGUGGCUAAGACGGGGAUGAUCCUGUUGGCAGGGGAGAUCACCUCAAGGGCCAGUGUUGAUUAUCAGAAAGUUGUGCGUGAGACCAUCAAGCAUAUUGGCUAUGAUGAUUCCUCGAAAGGGUUUGACUAUAAAACCUGUAAUGUUUUGGUGGCACUGGAACAGCAGUCGCCUGACAUUGCUCAGGGAGUUCAUCUCGAUCGCAGAGAGGAAGAUGUUGGUGCUGGUGACCAGGGCUUAAUGUUUGGGUAUGCCACAGAUGAGACGGAUGAGUGUAUGCCGUUAACUAUUAUCUUGGCUCAUAAGCUCAAUGCCAAAAUGGCAGAGCUGCGCAGAGAUCAAACGCUGCCAUGGCUCAGACCUGACUCCAAAACUCAGGUAACUGUUCAGUACCGGCAAGAUCGAGGAGCCAUGGUGCCAUUACGGGUCCAUACCAUUGUGAUUUCAGUGCAGCAUGAUGAGGCUGUGAGUUUAGAAGAGAUGCGCCACUCUCUGAAGGAGCAGGUGGUCAAAGCUGUGGUCCCCAAGGGUUACCUGGACGAUGAAACAAUUUAUCACCUACAGCCUAGUGGACGCUUUGUCAUUGGAGGACCUCAGGGUGAUGCUGGACUGACUGGUCGUAAGAUCAUUGUUGAUACAUAUGGAGGUUGGGGGGCCCAUGGUGGUGGAGCUUUUUCUGGAAAGGACUACACAAAAGUGGACCGUUCUGCUGCCUAUGCUGCUCGUUGGGUGGCCAAGUCCCUGGUUAAAGCUGGGCUCUGCAGGCGUGUCUUAGUCCAGGUGUCCUAUGCCAUUGGAGUUGCCCAUCCUUUGUCGGUCUCCAUCUUUAACUAUGGAACAUCUCAGAAGAGUGAACGCGAGCUCCUGGAUAUUGUGACUAACAAUUUUGACCUGCGCCCGGGAAUUAUUGUUAGAGACCUUGACCUAAAGAAGCCAAUCUACCAGGAGACUGCAGCAUAUGGCCAUUUUGGACGGGAUCUCUUUCCAUGGGAGGUGCCCAAGAAGCUCAAAUUCUAACUUGUGUCAUUUAAGGGUGCAUUACUCUCUCCUUCUCUUUCAUGUUUACUCUACUUUUUUUUUUUUUUUUCUUUCUCAAAGCGAAGACCAAUCACAAGAGUCUCUAAAUACAGGUAGAAUCAUAGCUUAAUUAUUUACGUCUUGUAUGUCAUGUUAUACAUGUAAUUAGGAUUUAAAGGCCAAGAAUGUAUCACAAGCCUUUCAUAUAAUGAACAUGUAUUGUUUUGUCAUAUUUAUUUAAGUAUUAGCGACACUGUAACUUGCAUUUUGGCACAGUAUUUAUAUUAGUGAUUUUCAGUUUACCACAACAAAUGCAGCGCCUCUUUCUGUUAGCAAAAUUUUAGUGGCACAACUUUUGAACCUGACCUUAAAAUUUUGAUAGUGUGCUCAGUGAGAUAAAACUUGAGUCAAAACCAUUCUGAGCUGACUCUUCAGACCAUAUCUUUCUGACGUUUUACAGAGAAGUCAGAAGCUGCUAAUAAUAUGGUUUUGUUGAGCUGCACGUUAUGGGAGCAGUUUUUUUUUAUUGAAGUUUCAUUUAUUAACCCUGUGAAUGUUUGAUGUCACUAGCCUACUGACCAAUUGAAGUUAUGUAUUUGCCUAUCCUUGGAAUCUGUGUGAGUGUAACUACAGAGAAACUAUCCAUCCCUCAGUUUAAAGCUACCAUUUGUAAUUGGAAUGGCUGACCCAGCUCUGUUGCAUUUUCACAUAACGUCACUAGAUGCUAUCUGGAUGAGGGGAUGGGAGCUUUAAGACCAUGUUUCUAAUGUUUGACUUGAAUAGAAUACUGCAUGUGAAGGAAAGUUUAGCCGUUAUACAAACUGCACCUACACGAUGGUGUUGUGGUGCAGUGGGGACAAGGUUACUUUAGUAGUGAAUGUAAAAAUGCACACUCCUAUUUCUCUAUAUGUAGCUUUAACAUUGUAGUUGUUAUUUUACAAUCGGGUGAUAUUGCACUCUUCUUUUUACAAACCUAGUACAUAUGUAGUUCCAAGUCUAGGAACAUGUUGACCUUUUAAAAAGACAGUACAUGGUGCUGUAAAUGUGGCAGCAAGAAUUUGCUCCAAAACUAUGUAUUUCUUUUAACUAUUCUGUUGUUCCACUACAGGUGGACACUUCUGAAUCAAUCGUUAAUUGAUUGUUUUGUGUACUAUGGUCAAAUUGUCUUUGAAGUGGUCUUUCAUGUUGUUCCUAGGUGGCACUGUAAUUGUUUUUAUGCUAACUAUUUAUAAUGCAAAUGUGGGCCAAUGCUUAGAUCUCUGGCUCCCCGUUGUGGAUUCUGGAGUGUACUACAGAGAAGCUCUAGGACCACCUUGGUGUUGCUCAGAGCAUUUUACAUUAAACUGUCUCGAGUUUGAAUGAAGGUCAAUUUUCCCAAAUCUAGGUUUUAAGCAGUUGCCUGUUACUUACCCACACAGGAUCAUCAAUAUGCUGGUGUUGUACAGAGAAAACAGCUAGUUUACACGAGUCUGUGUGCGGGCAACUUUUGAUUUUAUUAGUUGAAGUGGACCGUCAAAUGUUGAAAAGUGCCUUUUCUGUUUCUGAAAGCCCUUGUCCGCAAAGUAUUUUUGCUCAUGUUGUAGCUAAAUUACCUUUGGAAUAAUCCUGUAAAGUGACUUUUCUGAAAACCUCUUGAAUAAACUGCACUCUUGCAUGUA